GGGGGAAGGAGCAAACUUUGCCCCUGAGCUGCCGCUGCUGCCAGCCCUCUGGACUGUGAGUGCGUACGGUGGGCAUCCGUCCCAGCAGCCCUGCAGCACCAGCCUGCUCACCGCCUGCUGCAGCCUCCCUCUCCCUUGCUUUCCUCCUCUAAAUUUCGCACAGUACGAUGUAAGGGGCUUGUCGUAAUUUUUUUUCUAAUUCUUAUUUAUUUCUCACCGAAGAUGGUUUAAUUUUUUUUUUUUUAUUUCUACUAUUUAUUAAUCCCUCCCAACCGUAAGCGUGCCCAGCCUUCUGCCAGCUGGGCCAGAGCAUAAAGCCUGGGACUGCACCUGGGGCAAUGAGCCCUACACUGAAGAAGCCUCCUAGAGAGAUGUGCCGGGGCCGCGCAACAGACUAGAUCCAAGCCCCGAAGCUUACACCACCAGUUAUCCCCUCUCCCGCAUCCCCUCCGCCCGCCUUUUCUGCACCCCGUCCCUUGAAACCUCGGAUCACUGCCUGCGCCGCGCUCCGAAGAGCUCUGCCGGGGGAAAAACCCGGUGCCCAAGGAGAGACGGGGCGGCCGUGCUAGAUGCAUGGGGGAGGGCUCCGGUUAAUGCAAGUUCUGGGCUCCUGCAGGGACCCCGACAACUGUCAACAGCAACAGCAACGCGGGCCCUCCUCCUCUGCUUCCUCAGCGAUGCUUUUCCACAGUCUUUCCGGCUCGGAGAUGCACGGGGUCAUCGACGAGAUGGAUCGGAGAACCAAAAGCGAAGCACCGGCCAUCAGCUCGGCUAUAGACAGGGGAGAGACGGAAACGCAGACCAUGCCUUCCAUCAGCAGUGACAGGGCUGCCCUGUGCGCCGGCUGCGGGGGUAAAAUCUCCGACCGUUAUUACCUCCUGGCUGUGGACAAGCAGUGGCACAUGCGCUGCCUGAAGUGCUGUGAAUGUAAACUCAACCUGGAGUCCGAGCUCACCUGCUUCAGCAAGGACGGCAGCAUCUACUGCAAGGAGGACUAUUACAGGUACAGCCUGCCCUCGGCCGCCAGCCGGGGACGGGGGCACUGCCCGCCUCUCCCCCCGCUGAGCAGAGACUCCCCCAUCCUGACGAGGCUGCGGAGGGGAUCCGUGGGCUCGCGUGGGGCAGGCUCUUUAAGUUGCAAUGAAAACGAUGGUGACCACCUGGACAGAGACCAGCAAUACCCCAGCAAUCAAAAAACAAAGCGCAUGAGGACGUCCUUCAAACACCACCAGCUGCGGACUAUGAAGUCAUACUUUGCUAUUAACCACAAUCCUGAUGCCAAGGACUUGAAACAGCUGGCUCAGAAAACCGGCCUCACCAAAAGAGUUCUUCAGGUUUGGUUUCAAAAUGCUCGAGCCAAAUUCAGACGGAACCUCUUACGUCAAGAAAACACAGGGGUGGAUAAGACUUCAGACUCAACACUCCAAGCAGGGACCCCUUCAGGUCCUGCCUCAGAAAUAUCCAAUGCCUCCAUGAGUCCAUCCAGCACUCCCACUACUUUAACAGACUUGACUAAUCCCACUAUGCCAACUGUGACGUCGGUCUUGACAUCAGUGCCCGGAAGUCUUGAGGUUCAUGAAUCUCGAAGUCCUUCACAGACAACACUUACAAAUCUUUUCUGAUGACUCUUUCUUAAUAAUUUCUUUAAAAAAGAAAUUAUUCUUAGCUGAAAUUCCAAGUGUAUUUUAAUAGAGGCUUUGAGCAACUGACUAACCACAAUUAGGAUCUCUCCUAAAAAAACAGAAGGAAAUGUAGUGUUCUGGUAUUACGGAGUAUGGACUGAAGAAUAACUUGGAAGAUCUAUUGCAACACAACAUUUGUGUAACUGUACAGUUUUGUGGACUGAGCAAGGGAAACAGCAAUUAAUUUAAGUUGGCUAAAGCUUCUGUAUUUUCAAAGACUGCCAUGUGCCUUAUAUACUGUUUUAUCUACAUUCUUUGGAUUCCAUGUCCACUUCUCUCUUUUUCUCUCUGUAUAUUUAUGACCAGGGCAAAAAUGUUAAAGAGUUUGUUACUUUGAAUAGUCCUAAGCCUUUCAUUGGUUGCUUUGUUGUUUUAGAAUUUUAAGGUCGAAGUCUGUUCGAAUACCAGAAUUUGUAAAAUCUAACCAGUAAUAAAACCACUUAUGGAAACUACUUGGUAAUGGCUGCAGUUACAUUUAACAUUAGUGUCACAAUCAAGGUAGGCUGACUGGAUCUAAAAGGGUUAGAAAAAUGCACUUCCAACACAGUGUCUGCCUAGGAAAAACCCUAAAUAUGAUGUACACAUUCCUCUGGUUCCCAAAGCAUAUAUGGGUGAGAAAUCCAGCUUGUACAACAGUCUAGGUAUCUUCAUUGUAGAGAAAUAAUGUUAGUUGCAGGUAGAAGUUAUCAGAUAAUUUUAAAACUCAAAUAGAAGAACUACAUUUCAUUUUGCUGCGUGACGGAAACCUGACUUUGGUCAGAAUCUUGCUUUUGUGCAAGGUGUGGCUUGUCCCAUGUCCUGGAGGAGGCCAGUGGGGCUCCCACAGUUGGGUGGCCACAGCUGGUCCAUCACAGAGGUGGACACUGCAAAAGGUUUGCCCUAGGAAAAAGGCAGAAGUAUUUCAGGCUAUUUCACAACGCUGGUGGGCAAAGUUAAGGCAAAAUUAUGUUUUAUAAAUUUAAAGUCUUAAAUUUUUUGUAAUGCUUUGAAGGAAUAAAAAGCCAAGGAAGAAUAUAUUAUUGACACUGAAAGUGGUUAUUCCUUUAAUGAUUAUGGACCUUUCAAUACAAUAGAAUUCCUUCUCCCCAAAAAUCUCUGCAGAAUAUAAUUCAUAUUUUGAGGUCUUUUCCUAUUGUUUUUGAAGUUGCUUUUCUGUAAUAAAAGAAAUACCUCAGUAAAGUUUAAAUAUGUAUAAGAACGAGUCUAUACUAUGCUGUUUGCCCAGUAGGUUUAGAGUUUGGAGUGCUACAUAAGAUGCAGAUGGUUGCUUCUUUUCAAACCUGUUCCAAUCAGUUCUUUCAGUCAGAUGUUGGGUUGUACUGGCCAGCUCUAUAAAAUUAAUCCCUCAUUCCCAUUGGAUCAGAAUUACUAAAAGAUUAUUCCAAAUAAACAGCAAGAUAGAUGCCAAGAUUUGUGUUCUCUGCCCUUCUCAGGGCAUUGAAGAUGAUUCUGUAGGUUGGACUCUUUCCUAACAGUGUUUUGGUUUUACAAGUGCUGCAUUUAUUCAGCUUUCUGAGCUGCAAAUUCACUAUUCUUGUGCAAGCCAAAUUCCUAUCGAGAUCAGGGAGAGAUUUCAGAGCAUGAGGACUAUGGGAUAGAAAAGCUGACAUAAUUAGGUCAUUUAUUAACCAUUUUUACACUUCAGCUUAAAAAACCCCACAGGUGAGCUACGGGUAAAGCAAGACAGUCCUCCAAGAUGGGAGCUAGGUGAGAUCUGUGAGAGGGAUUGGGGUCUGGUCACCGAACCCAGGGGUGGCAGAGUCCAUUGAGUUUAUGCACAGUGAUGAGACAUUAAAAAAGAUCAUUUGUGUUGAAUUUAUAAAUGUUACAGGUUUAUCCAGGACAUUUUUCCUCGUAAUCCAAAUGUCUGAUAAGGAUGUUGUGCUGGUUGGUGGACUGUAACAGAUACAUAUCUGCCUUUCAAAGCUGUUUUGACACUAAGAUUCUGCUGUUUGUAACAUUUUGUUCAUUGUCUGUCACUUUGGAGAUUUUAUUAUUUUUUUUUACAUGCUAAGCUGGAUCUUUUCUUGACUUAAAAGGCAAUUCUGGUCCACUGUUAAAUGGUUACAGCCCAUAAUUAAAACCCUGUGUAUUAACCUGU